AUGGGUAUUAAUUCAAUAGCUCUCGGAUUUCCGGAUGAAAAUGGAGACCGACUAGCUUUUUACACUCCACUUAGUGGAUAUAACCAGUAUUCAGUGUCCACGAGGAUUCUCAAAGAUAAAUCAAAGUCUCCAGAUCACUUCAGCCCGGAAGAUAUACAACUCGUGGGAAGCCGAGGAAAAGGUCAUCAGUCAUUGAAAACAAUAAUCGAUCAUACAUACGGAGUGAUGUUCUACUCCGAAGUGCAAUCAAAUCAGUUGCGUUGCUGGAACAUUAAGAAGCCACUCACAUCAGAAAAUAUGGGUGUUGUUUUCGAUUCUGACACUUUUGUGUUUGGUGCUCAGAUGUUUAUUGAUUCUGAAGGAUUUCUCUGGUUUCAAUCAACCGCAAUUCCAAUAAUAUUUGGAUCUGAUCAACCUCUGGAUCUCAACAAAGUCAAUAAUCGCUUUUUCCGCAUUAAAGUCUCCGAAGCGAUUAGAGGAACGGUUUGUGAAUGA